AUGCAAAUGUAUUUGUUGGUCAACAUUCUACUUUCCUUACUUGGAUUAGCUUAUUCACAACAACUUCGAUACAUUGAAUCCAAUUUAUUAAGAGCUCCAACUGAACAAGGAGGUCAACUACUUAAUCCUUUAUCAUCUGCUGAUAUGGCCGAACUAUCUGAUGAAGUUCCUCUGGCUGAAGGACUUCAUCUGUUUAAGAAAGCUUAUGUUCGUCCAUGUGUCUACAAUAUGGGCAAUUGCUUAACGAUAGCUCAACAACGUCGAAUCAUGGAUCAUCUUCGCCAUUUGGUAGCUUUGAAGGAAAAUCUACGGAUAUGUUCUCGACGACAUUUCACAAUACAUCAUGAUGCUAUAUUUCAACGAAUAGAGUUGCCAUCACCAGAUAAGUGCGUUGAAAGAUGUAUUGAGAGUAUCGCCUAUUGUCGAGCUGUUGUCUUCAUCAAGAAUUCCAAAAAGGAUCUUGGACUAUGUAUUGUUCACACCGUUAACAGCUUCAUAAACAGUUCUGCUAUCCAUCCGGACGCCUCCAUCGAUCCAGAAACAACAGUGUUUGAGUUGUUAGAGAAAUGCCCUGCAUUCUCAGUUUCUGAUAUAGCACAUAGAAUAUCAGCAACUCAUAAGAAGCUAUUAGAUAAUGGGGGGAAAGAUAUCGAGUUGAUUAGGCAAGAUGCAUUCUUUCCUGAGAGGGACAGAUUUGCAGAGAGUGAUAUUAGAGUUGGAAAACGUGAUCGUUAUGCGACAAUGAAAUCAAUUGAGUUCAGUGAAGAUCCUCGUAGUCCUUUCGAUAAUCCACCGAAAAACGAUCAUGAACGUCCGAAAUCACCUUUUGCUGAUUUAACGCCCAUUCGACCUGUUCAGGUGUUACAUCAAGGUCGUCAAAUGUCUCAGAUGGGCUCAAUGGGAUGUGGAGCUGGUUCGCCUUGCGUUCCCACUUUGGCAUCUUUAGAUUCCGGUCCAUGUCCAGCACGAAGAGGAGACCCAUGUGCACCUAAGCCACCUUGUAUGAUGGAGGCUUGCUUCCAUAUAGAUGAUGCUCCACAGACUGUGAGUGUUGAAUGGUCAGAAUGGAGUGGCUGCUCAGCUACUUGUGGUUCUGGUGUUAGAACACGAAAAUGUUUAGGUGGCGCUAACUGUCUCGGAUCAUCAACAAUGCCUUGUGCGCUAUUACCUUGUUCUGAAUGGAUGCCUUGGGGUGUAUGGUCUUUCUGCUCAGCCACUUGUGGUAUGGGAGAGAGAAAAAGAACACGUUUAUGUCCUGGAACAGGAGGCUGUCCAGGGCCGAGUGCUAUGGUUGAAUCCUGUCAGUCGUUACCUUGUCCUAGUUGGUCGGCUUGGGGUCCAUGGCAGGGUUGUAAUAUUCAAUGUGGGCGCGGUAAAGAACGGCGAAUGCGAACUUGCCAGAAUGGAAUAUUUUGUCCAGGACCUGUCUUUGAAGACAGAGAGUGUGACCGCGGACCAUGCCCUCAUUGGUCUGACUGGACUCCUUGGACUAGUUGUUCGAAAAGUUGCAAUGGAGGUGAUAUGUCCCGAAAAAGAGAGUGCCUCGAAGGUACAAGUUGUGUGGGUAGCUCUGAAGAGAAACUGCUAUGUAACCAACAGAGAUGUCCUGAUUGGACUGCCUGGACGGAAUGGACAUUAUGUGACCAAACGAAAUGUGAUGAGGAAACAUAUCGUUUACGUAACCGCGUAUGCUUGUAUCGUGGAGUUCCGUAUGCAGGUUGUGAAGGAGCAGCUCAAGAUCAAACAGCAUGCCCUUCAAAAGAAUGUGCGGCUUGGACUGAAUGGAAGGAAUGGUCGGAAUGUAGUGCCACUUGCGGACAAGGAAACCAAAUGAGAUCACGAACGUGUGAAGGAGGAUCAGGCAAUUGCGAAGGAUCUCCGAGUGAACUUCGUUUUUGUCAAUUAACGUCAUGCCCAUACUGGGGCUCAUGGAGUGACUGGGGUGGAUGCUCUGUUAGCUGUGGAAUGGGUGUAUGUGAACGAAAACGAAAGUGCAUUAUGGAUGAACUUCUAAAUAUACCAGUUGAUUUGGAAGAAUUGGAUCAGCUGCCUAUGGAGGCAGAUGACGAAUCUGACAAGGCGAAAGCCGCGUUGAUUGCGAGAUCGAAACACAUCAGAAUGAAAUCUCAUAAUGACACAAGUAGAGCAUAUGGCGAUCGCAUAUACUCACCAGCCAAUGGGUUCAGUUUUGAUAGUACUGUUACAUGUAGUGGAAGUGAUGUGGAUAGGAAAGUUUGCGACGCUGGACCUUGCUGCGUAUGGGACUCCUGGUUGGAAUGGUCUCCAUGCAUAGGUUGUGGUACAAAGGGAAUAUCUAGAAGGAACAGGCAGUGUAUUGCUGAAGGAAGUCCUGAAUCAAUGCGUUCACCUCAAUUAUCUUUCCAAGAGGAUGGGAAAGGAAACCAAGAGCAUUAUAUUCUCAGUGGAAAGGCAGGUUCACUUUCAUUGAUUGGCCUUGCUCCGAUAGUUCCAAUAGUUCAUCGUGGGAAACGAUCACCGUUUGAGAAUAACCAAUGUUACUGCCCCGGAUCAUCUAUGGAAACUCGCUCAUGCCCCAAUGCUACACCUUGUGAAGAUGAAGCACCCACCUGCAGUUGGAGUUCGUGGGGAGAGUGGUGCGGUUGUACUCGUUGCCGAUCUGGAAGAGAAGUAAGGAAACGGUUCUGUGAUAGUGCAUCCCCGUCAAGUCAAGCUUUCGGACCAAAUAUGCCAAAUCCUAGUUGUAAGUGUCCCGGAUCAGAUGAAGAACAAAGAGCAUGUCAAUACGAUGAAACGUGUUUCAACAAAGGUUCUGGUACAGCAAGUGUGGCAGAAACGAACGUUGAGAGUAGUCACUCUGUAGAUCAUUAUAUUCCCAUAGAAUCCCGGAUUAAUAAUAUUGAGUUUAAUGGAAAACAGGCACCUCCUAGAUAUCCAUUGAAUCGUAAAGACUCUGCCUUCAGUACAACGGUUUUCCCUUAUCCAGUUUGUCGCUGGUCACAGUGGUCUGAUUGGAGUGAAUGUCAUGAAGCUGGACAGAGAGAGAGAAAUCGUUUUUGUAUCAACAGCGAUGCAUUAGUCAAUAAUUGUGAAUGCAUGGGGAAGUCAACUGAUACAGCUAAAUGCGAUCCACAUGAAAAUGUGUUAUCACCUCGAGGCGAUCCGGUUCCUGGUGAAGAUCGCUCCCUCAAUGUAGAGACGGAGUUCACAACUGAAGAAGAGAAUGAGUUGGAUUCUGAUUUGGACUCUGUUUUAAAAUCUAGUGAAGAGAGCGAUUCAGGCUCAGCAGAUGAGGCGGUCGAAUCACAUCCUCCUAUGCAACAAUCAAAGCAACAAUCUUUUGGAGAGUUACAACCUGCAAAAGAAUCGCAAUGUGUCUGGACCAGAUGGUCUCUCUGGUCGGAUUGCACUGCAACUUGUGGUCCAGGUGAAAGAAUUCGAAAAAGGAGGUGUCCCUGCGGAGAUGGUCAAUGCGGCGGAGGGAUAGAAACCGAAAUGGAGCCAUGCGAAAAAACUGUCUGUACAUCCGAAAAACGUCGUCAUCCUGUUUUCAAGAUGGCAGAUGAUGCUUAG